CCAAGACUCAGACCAAAGGAGGAGGCGACUAACGCGACUCAAAGCAGCACGGGCAAGGCGGUGAUGCUGGGGAAGAACUGAAAGAUAUGGCAUAUGCUGAUUAUGAUUAUGAACUUCCCCAAGAUGAAGAUGCUGAAGACUAUUUAGACUACUAUGAAGAAUACUUCAGUGCUGAGAGGAGGAGGAGUCAAGGUUAAGGAGCUCCAGGGGCAGGUUGAGUGUGAAAAACUGAAGCAGUUUUGUAAAAAAGAAUAAAUUGUUUUCAGUCUGCAUUUGACCAGGGAAGUAUUGUUCUACUUUUGUUCUCAUUUAGGUAUGCAUAUCUAAGUUAGAAUGGUGCAGUUAUGAGGUUAUGAGGAAUGAAAAGUUUACUUACAUAAUACUGGAAAAGAAAGUUAUGUAUCUUUUUAUAAGAGAUUAUAUUUAACUCCCUCCAAAUCUAGUCAAGUGACUCAGCACUUCAUUGUUACCAUUAGGCCCAGACCACACUGGGAUCUGCUUCAUUCUCUAAUGCCAACUUGUGUUGCGCCAUAUGUUGCAGAAACAGGAAUGUUUACACUGUAUCCUGCACCAAGUACAUCAGCUGCUGACUUGCACCAGAGAGGCAGACAAGAUAUGGAGACUUGUAUUCAUGAGACUUGAGGAGAGGUGCACCCAGAUGAAUAUUAGGAUGUAUAUGAACUACCAGUUGGUGAAUCAUGGGAGGAGGAGGAAGAGGAGGAGAGCAUGGCACCAUGGUCCUCUGUGUCAGAGGUGUAUGAGUACUGUGUUGUGCCCACUGUGUCAGACUCAUCACUGCAUCUGUACAGUCUGCUGGCGUGGUCACUUGUCUUUCUGCUCACAACCAGGAUAGUACGACCUCCACCUUGGCUUGUGCACCUGAUGUCUGCUGUCUGUGGAGGUGUUGUGACUUGGGGGCUCUUCGGGCCUCGCUGCAGCUACAUGGUCUGCCUUGUGGUCACAUCAGGAACUGUUCUUGCACUGUCUCAUUUUGUGCUGAAGUCUUGCCGGGGUCCCCUCACCUGCGUGGCAUGUGUGAUAUUUCUCAUCGCAUGUGAGCUGUGGUGGGCUGAUCCUGUAGACUGGCACAGCAUCCGAGGCCCACAGAUGAUCAUUUUAAUGAAGAUGGUGUCUGUUGCCUUUGAUCUAGACUCCUCCUCUCUACCCAAACUGCCCAACCUCUUGGAAAUGGUUGGGUACAUCGUGAACCCUGGCACAGUGAUAUUUGGCCCUUGGGUAUCAUUUUCCUCAUACAAGAAAGUCCUUCAACCAAUGUCCUGGAACCUGAGGCUUUUGUUGGGAGUAAUCAUCCGCUUCACAGUCAGUAUAAUGUUCCUUCUCCUGUCAACCUGUUUUGCCAUGUGGGUCUUGCCUGAUUCAGCAAGCAAAUGGGGGCUGGCAUUCAGAGAUGCCUUCUCUUUCCGGUCAAGCCAUUACUUUGUGUCAUACUUAAGUGAGACUUCUGCCUAUCUGUCUGGCCUGGAUGUUGGAGAGGUAUCCAGGCCAAGUCAAAUUGAGGUUCCUCGUUCCCUGGUGGAGGUGGUUGUGUACUGGAACGUGCCUAUGCACUAUUGGCUCAAAACCUAUAUCUUUAAGCCUGCAAGGAAUUGGUUGGGGAUCUUCUGGGCCAUACUAUUCACCUACAGUAUGUCAUCACUGUUUCAUGGACUCAACUAUCAGUUAGCAGCAGUUCUUCUGUCUCUUGGCUUUUAUACUUACGUGGAACAUUCACUAAGGGUGAAGCUGGCCAGUAUCUUUAAUGCCUGUGUCCUUGCAAGACCAUGUCCAGAGAGAUGUUCUCAUCAGAACAAAAAACUGUCACAAAUUGCAGUCCUCAUCAAUGUUUCUUUCUCUGUGUUGGCCGUGUUCCACCUCGCUUACCUCGGCAUCAUGUUCGACUCAAACUCUCGCGAGCAGGAGUCCGGCUACAGUCUGACUCACACACUGAGUAAAUGGGCAUCUUUAAGUUACUCAAGUCAUUGGAUUAUUUUUGUUUGUUAUAUCAUGUAUGUUCUAAUAUAAGCAGCUCAAAAAAUUAUUUAUAUUGUAUUUGUAUACAUAUAUUUUUUACAUGUUUAAAGUUCCUUUUGUAAAGAUUUUUGUAAGCCCCCUUAGCUUCUGCAGUUAUGACGUGAACUCUAAAAAUAAGCACAAAUUUACAAGCUCUCUAUCUCUCUGGUUCCUUGUCCUCUCAUGUGAUCUCCCCCAAGGGGACAGCCAUGGCAGAAGUCUCUCUUAAGAAUCUCAUGCUUUUAAGUCCUUGUUGUCUCCUCAACUGCUUGGUAAAUUCAGACAUUUAGAUUACAAUUGCUAUGUUAAUUCAAACACUUAGAUUACUGUGAUUAAAACAGUAAAAUUAAUUUAAAUGUGGCAUUCCCUGAUGAGAUAGAUCAAACUUUGUAUGCACUAUGCAGUGGAGGCCACUCCUGAAGGGAGUAUAAACAAAGUCUGCACAAUAGUAUCCUGUAAAAAGUGAUGAUUUUUCUAGAGACAGUUUUCAGUCCUCAUGUCACCUGGCCUGUAGAAUCUAGAUUCUUGAGUAUCUUGAUUGAUACUUUGGAUCUUGUUUUAUAUGGAUAAUUUUGCCACCCCGUAGUUUUAAAAGCCCAUAAAAUUAAAUUCAGCAAUCAGUAAGUAUAAAUUAUGUGAAAUUUUUUGUUAAAACAAAAAGUAAAUAAACAUGCAACGCUC